AUGUUGUGUACAUAUUUUAUGUUAAUCUUAUUUGGCCUGUGUGACACAAGCACAGGACUAUUCAGAGGAGCUUCAAGCGUUGACUUGACCAAAUUAAAUGACACUCUUUCAACUGACCAUAGGAUUAUUGGAGGACAACCAGUUAAUAUAGAAAAAUAUCCAUAUACAGUGCAGGUUCUUCUGAACGGUGGUUUGACAUGUGGCGGUUCACUCCUGUCCACUUCACAUGUUCUCACUUCGGCCCACUGUCUUAUUGCUCAAAAUGGUCAAAUGGUGAGACCUUCGCAGUUGAGUGUACGGUUAGGGUCCACAAUGCAAGGUUCAGGUGGAACAGUAGUGAGUGUAUCGAGAUUUGUAAUUCACGAAAAUUAUAAUAUACCAAUACGGAAUAACGACAUUGGAAUAUUGUUUCUGUCUCGUCGCGUGACGCUAAGCAAUCAAAUCUCUCUGGCCUUUAUUCCUCAGCAAGGGAAUAUGGUGCCAGAUAGAGCUCCUGUUACAUUUGUUGGAUGGGGACAGACUAAUGUAAAUGUGGCCGUCGGCUCAACAGUUCUCAACGAAGUGCAUGUACAAAAUAUCAACCUGACGAUUUGCUCCAUAAGGUACAAUCAACUGAGUCAAUUGACGGGGCAGACUUAUAUAGUCACCAACGACAUGCUUUGCGCAGGAAUCCUUGAUGUUGGACAAAAAGACGCGUGCCAGGGCGAUAGCGGAGGCCCCGUAAUAUACAAUGGGGUUGUAGUGGGCAUAACAUCAUGGGCAUACGACUGUGGGCACCCAAAUUACCCACGAGUUAACUCCAGGGUCUCUAGCUAUACAACAUGGAUUACCCGAACGAUGAGAGGAUCAGCAGUAACCAGUGCCGGGUCAUUAAAAAUGAUCAUCGUAUUUAUGCUUUGUAGUAUAUUAUAUAGUUAUUAA